AUGCGCUUUUUCAAACCCCGGACCAGCAAGGCGUCUGCAGUACCAACAGGACCAACGGCACCAGUAGAACCAGCGACCUCAGAAGCCAACUUCGGAACCUCUGAACCGCGGAUUCUGGGAAACCGUGAAGCCUACAGCAGGAGGCUUAUUGACAAGGGGGAGCUCUUUAUCAUAAAGUACGACGGAAACGACGAAGUUUCCAGAAGAAUGAACUUGAUUCUUCAGGAAAGCAUCAUCCUUCCAGUUGAUAGAAAUUCUGUCAGGAAAUCAAACGAUCCUAAAAAAACUGCCCUGGGACGUCGUCGUGCUCAUGACCGCUAA